AUGCAGCAAUCCUCAUCGGAAAGUUCAGCAGUGCCUAGUACUUCAGAACAGAGCCUCUUGCAGUGUAUUCUACCGGACCUUGGUAAACUCAGCAUAUCCAAAAAGGCCUAUCAGCCGAAGGUAUAUUCACUAACCACACUUCCGCUGGAUGUCAUCCUUUUGAUCGCUGAUCACCUACCUGUUGUUGAGCGUACAAUGCUCUGGCUGACAUGUAAAACUUUCCACGAGUCUAUACCCAUGAAAGGUUAUCAUCCCAUCGCCUGUCCUUUCGCGCGUAUCAGGACCCUACGCUUGCUAUAUGACUCCCCUCUUCUCCCCUAUUUUGGACACAACAGCAAAUUCCUCUGCCGGAUGAGGAGUAGACGGAAUGUCAGAAAAGCUGUAGGGAAAAUCCAAAAAUGUGAUUGCUGCAAAUUCUUCUCAAAAUUGGGUAAAAAUGUACAAUGCCCAUUUCAUCCACCAAUAGACAAAGGCCCACACUCGACCCCCUUGUUCCGCUCCCUCAACCAUGACAAAAGGGCGAUGCGUGAGCGAACAAACAGCAGCACUCUAACCGUGGAAAGCUACGUCAAGGGCUGCCUACCAAGUCUGAAGAGCAAAUUCAAGCCGAUCAUCUCCACUUGUCAAAACGCAGGUUUGCCAAGUUCUUGGGACGAGGAAUUAUGUGACUUGGAGAAGGUGUGCCUUUCACGGAUCCGUGAAUGCAAACGAGCACUCGGCAUGGCAGAGAGCCGUUUCCAUGAACCCACGAAGUGGUGGGAUCAGCACUGGCGCACUCACUUCGCAGACAUGAAUAUCUGUACCUUAGUCACUUGCAACCACUGCAUGAACGCUUUUCCAAGUAAUUCACAGACGGUUGGUAGUGCCUGUAUCUUCUGCGGCUGUUCCGCUUGUGGUUGGUCCGAGCCGAAGCUCCUUCGAAUUUCCGACGGAGGCUGCCCGCAGUUCCUUAUACUAGGUCAAAUCGCACCCUCCCCGCGAUGA